AUGAAGAUUCUCGUCUGUUGUGCUAUUACCGCGUGGGCAGCCUGCAUAUCUAUUUGCUAUGCUGCUGAUGCCCUUGUGGGAGAGGCCUAUGUGGUUAUGGACCAGAAAGCUUUGGAUUUGCAUAUCAACGAGAUUCCCGGAACAGACAGCUAUGAAACUAAGAAAACACAAGCAAUUACCAAAGCCCAGGCGGACAUACAAUACAUCUUUAGCGAGACAAACAAGAUACUCAGUACCCUGGAAGCAUACGGGGUGAACUUUCAAGUCAAGCUUAGAGCUGUUAGAAUUCUGGACACAAAUGUUUUCCCUAGCUACACUUUGCUGAAUGGGAGAGUCAUCAGCGAUGUGACUGCUCUGAACUUGUAUUCUAGAUGGUUGACACAGCAGGAGGCGUACGCACAGAAUAAAUAUGACUUCGCGGUGCUGUUAACAGGGUCUGACAUUUCUGGUUCCGCUGACCUAUCAACAACAGGUGUAGCUACCAUCGGUACAAUCUGCAACCCACUAAACGCCCUCAGUGUUAUAGAAUACAAUGGUACAUACAGUACAGUGGUCAUCAACGCCCACAAUAUUGGCCUGUUGUUGGGAACAACAAAUGGGGGCGCUGCUUCAGACCGCAUCAUGGCUUUUGCAAAUGCUCCCAAACACAAAAAUCGCUGGAAUUUUGACGAAUGUAACGCAUUUGACAUUAAAGAGUUUCUUCCUUCUCUCAAAACUAACUGUCUCCUGGAUACAUCCAGCGCCUCCACGACACCGGUUUCCUCCUAUGCUACCUACAGUGGUCGUCUCUUUGACUCCAACGUGAUCUGUGAAAGGACACUCAACGAUACCAGAAGUUACACUUGCCUGUCGACCAACCUCUACAACAACGGAACCGCCAAGGGAGACGCCAUCUGUCAGCAGCUCUACUGUCAGUGGCCUGGCACUCCCUACUGCAUACCCGCUUUCCCUUCAGACGGGAUGAUCUGUGACAACAGAAAGAGGUGCGACAAGGGAAAAUGUGUUGCCGACACAAGCGCCACCUCUGCAACUGUAGACUCAGAGUGUGUGCUGGGAGAUCAGAAGAGACUGGUCCUUCCAAGAUUUCCUUUCAACGGCACCUGCCCCGAGUUCAUCGCCCAAGAGGGUAGGAGCAUGUGUUACAACAGCGUCAUCGAAAACUUCUGCUGUGCCACCUGCAAAAGAUAUAAAACAAAUAUCCUAGGCUGUGAGUAUGGAGACAAAAACUACCAAUGCCCAUCGCUGGAAAAAUCAAUCGCCUGUUCCUCCAAUAAUGCAGCCGUCUGCUGCUCCACUUGCAACGGUGCUGUUAGAAAACGUUCCACGAGAGAAGACAUAAGUCCCUACUCUAUCAGAGAUGACAGUCACAGAGAGGCUCACAUCUUCGAAGGUUUCAAGGCUAGGUUCCAGGACUUUUCUAAGAAGCCACGAUAUGAGUAA